AUGGAAAAAAUAAACAAUGUAACUAUGUUCAUUUUAAAGGGUCUUUCUCAGAACCCAAAGGUGGAAGAAGUUUGCCUUGUACUUUUUUCUCUCUUCUACUUGGCUAUUCUUCUGGGAAACCUUCUCAUCAUUCUCACAGUGCGCAUGGGGAAUCUUCUCAAUUUUCCUAUGUAUUUCUUUCUGAACUAUUUGUCUUUUGUAGACAUCUGUUACUCCUCAGUUACAGCUCCCAAGAUGAUCGUUAACUUAUUUGCCAAAAGUAAAACUAUCUCUUACAUGGGGUGCAUGUUGCAGCUUUUUGGGGCCCAUUUCUUUGGUCCUACUGAGGUUUUCAUCCUUGUUGUAAUGGCCUAUGAUAGGUAUGUGGCCAUCUGUAAACCACUACACUAUUUGAUCAUCAUGGACCAGGACAGAUGCAAGAGAAUGUUGUUGGGGGCCUGGGUGGUUGCGUUCUUACACUCUUUUAUCCAGAUAGUUUUGAUGCUCCAGCUCCCUUUUUGUGGUCCCAAUGUGAUUGAUCACUACUUUUGUGAUGUCCACCCUAUGCUAAAACUGGCCUGCUCAGACACAUUUGUUGUGGGUAUGGUUGACACAGCUAACAGUGGGACCGUUGCUUUGGGGGGCUUUACUACCUUGCUAAUCUCCUACACUCUCAUCCUUGUGUCCCUGAGAAAGCAGUCAGCAGAAGGCAGGCGCAAAGCUCUCUCCACUUGUGGCUCCCACAUCGCUGUGGUCGUCAUGUUUUUUGGUCCCUGUACUUUCAUGUACCUGCGCCCAAAUACUACCUUUGCUGAGGACAAGAUGGUGGCUUUAUUUUAUACCAUCAUUGCCCCCAUGUUAAAUCCCCUCAUUUAUACACUUAGAAAUGCAGAAGUAAAAAAUGCAAUGAAGAAACUGUGGCAUAGGAAUGCUUUCUAG